AUGCGCCUCACCCGCGCGCUUCGCGCGGCACGGCGGAGGUGGGGUGUGAUCUUCGACAUCGACGGCGUACUCGUCCAAGGCUGCAAGCCCAUCCCGGGUGCUGCAGAGGCCCUCCGCGCGCUGGAUGACGCUCGCAUCCCCUACGCAUUCAUGACGAAUGGAGGCGGAGUCCUCGAGGCGGAGAAAGCUGCCGACUUGGCACAGCUGCUGGGGCGUCCAGCCCCAUUCGAGACAAACAGGAUGCUCCUCAGCCACACGCCCUUCCGAGCCUUAGCCGCUCGCUUCAGUGACCGUCGCGUGCUCAUCGUCGGCGCGAGCCGUACACCUGAAGUUGCGGCCAGUUAUGGGUUCGACUUCGCUGCAGGGCGGGCGGUCACCACAGCGCAGGUGGUCAGUGGCACCAAGGACAUCUGCCCCUUCCCGCCCCUGGCCACGAGCGCUCUGCCGGGCGUGAAUGUGAACGCCCCGGAUGCGCCCCGCAUCGAGGCCGUGCUGAUCUUCUACGAGCCCAACGACUGGGGAACCGAGCUGCAGGUGAUCACUGACGCCGUGGCCGGGGGCCGGCCUUUGGGCUCCGGCCGCGAGCAGGUGGCCGAGGUUUGGUCUUCCAACGGAGACUUCCUGUGGAAGGCCGGCUACCCUGUCUCACGCUUUGGCAACGGCGCCUUCCUGGAGAGUUUGAAGGCAGUCUGGCGCCAGCGCGCUGGAAAGCAGCUGCAGAUUCAGGAAUGUGGCAAGCCGCACAAAGUCCAGUUCGACGCCGCGGCAGCGAUGCUCGCAGAAGUGGCCGGUGUUGCUCCAAGCAGCUUCCACCGGAUCUACAUGAUUGGGGACAACCCUGCGGCUGACAUCCGCGGCGCCAAUGCGGCGGAGGGCCCCUGGAGGUCCAUUCUCGUGCGCACAGGUGUUUACCAGGGACCCUCCUACUUUGCCGGCGUGACGGCCGAGGCGCCUUGGCGGCUGGAGCCAGACGUUCGUGAGGCCGUUCGCCGGCUGCUGGCUGAGAGCAAAGAUGCUGCGAGGUUGCAGCAUGAGCCCUUCUGGGAUCACGUUCCCAUCGUACAGAGGCCAUGGAGCGUUCCUGGCCCUUGUGAGCCCGGAGCGGCCACGCUCCUGGAUGCCGGCGGAUUGGACCUGGCGAUGGACGCCAUGCACCUGCCUUCCCUGAGGGCGUAUGUGCAGCCUCUGGCCUACCAGUACUAUGCCGAUGCCUUGGAGCGCACCGAUAGGAUCGGCUGGCGCUUCCCUUCGUGGCGCGCCCAGGACCCGUCGCUGGUGGAGUCGAUGACUCUCUCCAACGGCCUUCACACGGUUUGGCACGCCUUCCAGGGAUGUGUCGAAUCUGUUGCAAUGUCUACAGAGACGCAGCCACUGGUGGGGGCCGCUGCUGGCGUAUCAGCGACUGCAGCGGUCCCAGCUGGUUCUGCGCCGGCGGCAAAAAAUGUCGCAGGCAUCGGAGCGGGCUCCAGUGGUUGUUGCAGCUGGAAGUGCUGUUGCGGAGGCGUCUGCGCAUUCUUUGCGGUGCUGGGUGUGGCACUGCUCAUCCUCAUCUGGACCACGCGAGCAGCUUCGACUUUCGUGAUAUUUGACACCACAUAUACCUAUGACAACUACUUCUUGCCCAUGACCGCCUACAUGGGCCUGGGGCUUCUCGACACGGUCUCUAUGAUGGGCUGGUACGAGGGCCUCACGGUGGACAACCCAAUGAUCGGAGAGGGCCCCGGGCCGAACACGCAGACCUUCUAUGCCUGGCACGACGUCCGCGACUUGCUUUUGGACUUUGGCCCCAGGAUCAAAAAUGGUACCAUGCAGCGCUACAACGAGUUGGGCAUGGCGGUUCAGAAUGACCGCAUGUGGCCCGAAACGAAGACCAUCGCGCUCGGCUACUCCAACAAGGAUCACGCGCUUGUGAGGCCAUAUCUGGGCAACUCCCUCGAUGGCAGCAGGGAGGAAGACGCUGACUGCGAUGGGUCAACGUGUUGGAACAGCGCUUGGCUGCGUCAGGUGUUCCGAGAGCGUUUCGCCAGCACAGACACGUUGUCGACUAGCGACUUGCCUUGGCUUGUCACCGUUGUCCUGCACAAAGUCCAUCUGAACCUUGACCUCACGGACGAGGAAGCGCAAGACUUUGCCGCUUUCAUGACAACUUUCAUCGUGCCCCAGCCGCUUGCUCCAGAAAUUGCCUACUGGACCCUCACUGACUUUCUCCUGCAGAUCUCAAGCACCCUGGAGCAGAAGGCGGCAAUCAUGUCAAGAACCAAGGAGGCCAUCAAGGCGAAGUGGCCCAAAGAAGGCUGGGAGAGCAAGGAAGAAGAGUUGACCUUGGUGGCCAGCGCCAUGGUGGACUCCCUGGCUCUGGCGGGCGGCUUGUCGGUGCCUACGGUGCUGGACUUCAUGGUCGCGCUGCUCUUCAUGGAUGAGAGCCCCGCGGCGCCCCUGACGCUGGAGGACAUGGCGAACCGCGGGAAGCUCCACAACCUCAUGCUGGAGACGAUCCGGCGCUACCCUCCGGUCGCGGGCGUUCCGCGAUGGAUCACGAACGACAAUGGCACGACGUGGACGCAUCAGAUCCCAAACGUGGCACAGGCGCUGCGUGACGCGGCGGUCUUUCCGAGCCCCCUCGAGUUCCAGCCGGGACGGCCGGGCCUCAACGUUUUGAAUGAAAGUCUCUCGAUUGGGUGGGCCGACUUCGCCCUUGUGAAUGACGAUGUCUCGGACCCCGACUCCCACUCCUGCCCUGGGAAGAGCUUGAGUGCCCAGAUCAUCCUGGCGUUCAUUAAGGAGCUGGAGGCUUCGGGACCCUGGGAGGCGGAGUCGACAGCCAUCAGCCUGAACAUCUAUAGAUCCUCGGGCGUUGUGCUGAAGAAGCAGAAGCCUUCCGGACAGUCAUGGGCAACGCAGGCCUUCGAGACCUUGCCCCUGACCUGGAUUUGCAGCAUCUACCCGUUGUCGAGCUGGAUUGAGGUCUGCCCGCUUGUCCUCGCCUGUGGCUCGACGACGUGUGACGUCGUGCACGUGCUGCACGACACCCUCGCUCGGCCGCACGAGAGGCUGGCAAGCUACGCAGGAUGCCUUGCAGCAAAGGAGUCUCAUGCCGAGGUCGAACGACGAGGGCGCAUGCUCGGUGGCGAAGCCUCUGCGGAGGCUGCUUUCCGCCUCCAACUGCCAGGUGCACCUGCUUCGGCGAAGACCGCCUUGGCCUCGGCACCCAUUGCAUGCCUCCAUACCCUGCGCCCGCUCUGGGAGCUCAGCGCGAGCUGCCUCGAAGGCUACCAGCCCCUGUUCUUGGGCCAGCGGCGACUCUCGCACGUCCUCUGCGACGCGGAGGUGCUCUCCGUGCCGCUGCUCGACUCCCAGGUGAUGAUGCACAUCCACGGCGCCGCUGGCUUCCUCCAGGCCGAUGCGUCGGGACAGACCUGGCUGCGGCUCGAGGUCCUCCACUUCGUGUCCAGCCUCGAUGGUGCGGUGCGCCUGACGGUCUACGGCCAUCAGCGGAAGGACCGAGGCUACUAUGCGCAGGCCCUGACGCUUCCGCUGGGACUCCUCCUGCGCUGGCGCUGUCGGCUCCCGGGCGAAGGCGCCGAGGUCCAGGACGCCCGGCUCAUCUCAUUCUUCGGAUACGACGCCAUCAUCUACUGCGACAUACCCGUCUCAGAUGGGCAGGUGGAAGACCUCCUUGAGAUCAGGCCGCAGCUCCUGGCAACUCCGGGCACGUGGACGCCGCCGCCGUUGCGGCUGUGUCCUGCGACGAGGCCAAAGUGGCGCCUCGCCGCCUGCACCCAGCCACUGCACACAUUCGAAAAGAUGGAGACGCUGGCGCCCGGGUUGCUGGCCGAGUUCCUGGACUACCAUUUCCUCCUGGGCAUCGAGCACAUCACCGUCUUCGACGCCGAUGGCUCCGUUGAAGAGUCACUGAAACGCUAUGAAGCCAACAGCCAGGGCCGCGGGCAGGUCGAUUACGUCAGCCACUGGCCCCAACGCUUCGGCGCGGCGCACGCGCCCCGAGGUUCGGACAACUGGCGCCCUCUGCUCUACGAAGUGGAAGCCGAGAAUUAUUGCCUCUGGCGCUAUCGAGGCCGAGCAGACUGGGCAGUUGUUCUGCACUCGCCUGACGAAUUCCUCCACGUCGUGAAUGACCCGGGGGAAGGGUCCCUGUCACGUUUUCUGGGCAAGCUGGAGGACCAGCGCGAUGCCUUCUCCCAUGUGGAGGUCCGUCAGGUGCUGUUCGGUGGGCCACCUCAGGAGGGCGCCACCAUGCCGGGACGUUUCCUGCAUCGCGAGGAGGGCAGCGGAGCGGCUGAGACGGCCGCCCACACCAUCAUCACCAACGUCGAGAACUUCGCGCAAGCAGGUGUUCACACCGCAAGGUGCAAUGGCUUGGCUUGA